CAGUGAGUCAAAUUGAAGCUCGGAGGCGAAGAAGAAAGAAAAAGAAGAAGAAGAAGAAGAAGAAGAAUCUCUUGCACUCAAGUUAACUUGUUGAAUGACAGCAAAUCUCACUUUUCUCUUUUAUUUUUUUUCCCACCGCUGAGGUUUUUCAUCCCGGUGACAACUUGCCACACUUUGUUGCACUGCUGCGGCGUCCGUGCGCAGUUAAGGCCGAGCAAUGCGGGACCGAACCCAAGAGUUGGGAAAUAAAGGAGAGGCGUCGGACGAGGACGACGAGGGCAAAUCUCUGAUGACCAAACCUGGAUCCUCUUCUGCCAAGGAGGAGAAAGACAAUGAGAACUUCUUUAAAAAGGUGCAGGAAAUCCACGAGGGUCUGUACCGGCUGAAGAAGGUGGUUUCUGACCUGGAGAACAAACAGAAGACGGUGCUGGGCGUGGCCCUGCCUGAGGAGGGCAUGAAGAAGGAGCUGCAGACUCUACGCGACGAGAUCAAAACCCUGGCCAGUCAGAUCCAGAAGAAACUAAAGAGUAUCGAGCCCAAGAAGGGAGAGGAUGAUGUCAAGUACGUGCCGGUCAACGCUCGCAUUCAGCGCACGCAGCACGGCGUGCUGUCCCGGGAGUUUGUGGAGCUGAUGGGUCACUGCAACACCAUCCAGGCGCAGUACCGAGACCGCAACGUGGAGCGGAUCCAGAGGCAACUGAAAAUCACCGGCAGCAACGUGACGGGCGAGGAGCUGGACGCCAUGCUGGAGAGCGGCCAGACGGACGUCUUCACUCAGAACAUCCUCAUCGACGCUCAGGCCACCAGACAAGCGCUGAAUGAGAUCGAGUCCCGACACGACGAGAUCCUGAAGCUGGAGCGCAGCAUCCGAGAGCUUCACGACAUGUUCCAGUACUUGGCCAUGGAGGUGGAGGCUCAGGGGGAGAUGGUGAACCAGAUCGACCACAACAUCAAGCAGUCGUCCAACUACGUGAAGAAGGCGCAGGACAACACCUCCCAGGCCGUCACCUACCAGCAGAAAGCCCGCAAGAAGAAGAUCUGGAUCGCCAUUUGUCUGGCCAUCGUCAUCGUCAUCCUCGCCAUCUCGCUGGCGGCCACCUUCUCCUGACCAGACCACCCUGAGGAGACCAGGACCGCCCCAGUACCCCUCAGACUGGCAGGAACAUGUGCAGUUUAUGAACAAAUUGCUCUUUUAGAACUGAUUGUACAGAACGUAACAUUGAAAUGUAAAUACACCUUUGGUGCCUCCUGCUGGGAUUUUUAACUUUUUGUACUCCUGGUUUGGACCUGGGACGUGUGAGCAGCUCGAGGACUUGAGGCGAGGCGAGCGUGAGGUCGUGCACCGAGGCAGCUAAGAAGGGACAAACACACCUUUGUUCCUGCGGUCAGUCGGUGAGGACGGAUUCGUACUCCAGGUGGUCUGCGGUUACAUUGAGACCACAACAAGUCUUGUAUUACCGAGUGUGCUUUUAAAUAAAAUGUUGCCUUCAA